AUGUAUAAGAACUCGGGACUGAAAGGCAUGGAUCUGCACCAAGUGUCUUCAUACACUCGUCUCACAACCACUCGUCGGCCUCUCAACUUCCCGGAUCUGCACUUCCGUUCCGCCUUCCUUACUUCACUCGAUCGCCGGACGAUACACUCUAUUCUCACCAUGAACGCGUCUUCGAGCCUCAACGUCGCCCUUUCCCGUGCCAUCCUCAACCUGACGCAGCCGUUGCUCGCCAGCUACGACUCUGCGACGAUCCUCGCGCUCACCCAGGCUCUCCAUGCCAACCUCACGGCUGCCUACACCCUUUCCUGGGACCCCUCGAACCCUACUCGCGGCUCCGGCCGUCGCUGCCUUUCCUUUUCGCCCGCUACCCUCCCCCCUCGUCCGGUGCACGCAGCCUGCGUCGCCGCCAACGUCUCCUGGGCCGAGUGGAGCCGCCUCCUCGGCAAUCGCGAGUUCGACAUGUUCAUCGACCCCGGUCGCAUCGCCGUGCGCGUUGCCGGCGCACCCUCUGCCUCCGACCUUUGGACCGAUGCCCACGGGGUUGAGGCGCGCAAGGCCGAGCUCGACAUGGAGGCUCGCCGCGCGGAGUUGAAGGCCGCCAUGGCCGCCCGUGUGCGCCGCAUCAUCGGGGACCGCCUCGCCGCGAUGGAGGACAUCCCCGACGUGAGCCAGGUCCAGAUCCGCUCACCCGUCGUCGAGGUCGACGAGAACUCCGUCUCCCGCCCCUGGACCCAGGCUCCGAUCCAGCUUCCUUCGGUCCCAGUUGUCCCCACCGUCACCGUCUCGCGCCCGGUCACCCGCCACUCGCGCUCCAGCUCCAUCUCCUCCACCGGCACCGUCAGCUCUGCCUUCUCGUUCGAGUCCGAUCGCACUGCCGACUCCCUCGGCUCUGUCACCUCCGCUACGACUGUCUCCUCCGUUGAGAUUGUUCUCGAGAAGUCGACGAAGGUCAUCCCCGCGAAGCCCACCGCGCUCUUCGUGCCUCCCCACAAGCGUGCCACUUUCGCGUCCAAGGCUGCUGUGGCUGCCAAGGUUACCGAGACCAAAACGGCCGCUCCCACCUCUCGUCCCAGCCGCCGCGAGCGCGCGCGCAUGGCCAAGGUCACGAUCGACAAGACUCGCGAGGCUACCCCUUACGACAUGGGCCGCACCAUCGUCCUCACUGGUGGUGUUAUGCUCGGUGCCAAGCGUGCCUAAGCUGUUUCGCCUUGUUUUUCGGCACCCACCACGACGAACUUCCACCACGCAGGGCGUACGACACGAUCAUCGACCAAGCAAUGACUCGACGUCUCAUCAAAACGACCCGAUCCUACCAUACGAUCCGUCACUUAAUUCAGUUUCCCUCACCGUGCUUUUGAUGCUGCUUGCUGCUACUCCCCUUUGUUUUGAUAGGAUCUUCUCUCCUCGUCUGCUUGCUCUGUAGCGAUAUUUCCGCCCACAAACACUCACAAAAACAUUCAAAGGUCCCAUAACGGGCUUACGUGUAGCCUUUAAUACUUGUUUUUUCUGUUGAUACUGUAUUACUAACAUCAUGGAUAUUCUCCUAGUUGUAUCUCUUGUCAUAUAGAGUCCCG